AUGGAAAGAACGAUGCUUUUGUCCUUAAUAGUUUUCCUGACUGUGGCAGUCACUUCGCUGCAGGGCAGUGACGUCAUCUAUGUGUAUGAUGGGAUGACCACUACCACGACAAGACUGAAUAAAUUUGAAGACGAUGGCGAAAUAGUAGGAUUUCGGAUUCGCUCUCUCGUUCAUUUGGACUAUUUGGACGAUGAUUGGGUCAACAUGCAGUUGUACGAGGUAGAAUGGGACGAAAUUUCAGACGAAGAAGAUUCUGCGCAUGUACCAACACACAAUGUAGAUGAGAUCGAAAAGAAUUCUAUUCAAUUCAAAUAUAUCAGUGGUCAUGUGACAUCCGUUAAAGCCAACCCAUCUGAACUUGAUUGGGUACUGAAUAUGAAGCGAGGAAUUGUUAGUCUUUUACAAGUUCACUAUCAAGACAACCAUUUAUCUGACGAAUUUGAUGACAUAUAUCAUUACACCGUACCCGAGGUUGACGUCACAGGUGACUGCCUGGUGAAUUACACGGUUUUACCAAACAAGAACCAGUCAAUCGUCCUCACAAUAUUUAAGGAUAGAGAUCCGAAAGAGUGCACAAAAAACACAGCUAUUAUCAACUGUACGAUACCUGGCAAAAACUGCAGAGAAACUCCAAGUGAAUACGAGUCAACAAGCCAAACAACAUUACACUUGAUUAAGCCAUCAUCUAUCAACACUAAGACAAAUCUGGAUGAGAUUAAAGAAGUAUAUUUAGAUGAGGCAUAUGUGUUUAAUCACGCUAUAGAUCAUUCAAUUGAUCUAUUCAUGGUGGUAGAAUCUGAAAUCAGACAAAGUUUGAAGUUAUUACCGGAAGCAGCGAUGAAAACGCGUUUUGUUACUUUACCAGAUAACUACAUUACUCAUGGACUUACUGCUGAAAACAUUAGCCCGACCAUACAGACGAGUUCCAGUCAAGAUUCAUUUGAGUUGCUAGAUAAACUUAUGAAAGAGUACAUCCGGGAGAUUUCAAAGACCGGUGAUGAGAGUAGUACGGAUGCACCUCGGUUGUUUAUGGAGAUUGUUAAAAUGCUUCGUCAUUCUGGAAUGACAGAGUUACUUCAUAUGUUUGAAAAAUAUUCGACUGCAGAUGAUACAAUCAGAGAUGCUUUCAUGGCUGUGUUGUCUAAUUUGAACUCUCCCGAGGCAGUUAAACUAUCUACAGAACAAAUUCUGAUGGGAACGGUGAAUAUAGACCAAGCUAAGCGUUUCCUCCGUGGAGUAGCUUUAUCAACAAACCCAACGAAAGAAAUGCUCAAUGACAUAAUGAUGACUGCUCUGUCAAACCGCCAAUUGAAAGAACAAUCUUUAUUGACGCUAGGGUCAAUGAUACACCAUUUUAUGGUCAACCACAACAUUAACGAAGCCUCAAUGCCGGAACAUAUUCAGUAUUACAAGAAUUACUUGGUGUCAUUCUUGCACACAUCGUGGGACAAGAAAGAUGAAAAUAAUAUUUUGACUGCACUUAAAGCAUUAAUGAAUGCUGGAUUCCCAUCAACGGUACCUUAUAUGAUGCGUUGUGCCAAAGAAUGCCCAACACUAGAGACAAGGGCGACGGCCAUUUAUGGUGCAUGGAAUGUUCCAUCACAGGGUAUAACAUCAAAGGUGAUCAACGAUCUGAGUGGCUUAUUUGAAGAUACCAAUAAUCCAAUCGAGGUCCGUGUGGCUGCAUUUAUUAUGUUGAUGGAGGCUAAGCCAUCUAUAGAAGUAAUCAAUAGAAUAACCAACACAUUGACUAAUGAACAGCAAGGUGACCUCCACAAUUUUAUGUGCAGUUAUCUGGAAACCACGUGGCAUUCCUAUUCAUCGAUUCCUGGAUUCGAAAACAGAAUGGACAUUUCAUACGCCGCUCUUCAACGUAUGGGAGAAAAAUGUCCACGGGACACCCUACAUAAUUCAUUCAAUACAUCAUUCUCAUCAUCAGUACUGUUUGGAAACGAAGCUCUCCUUGACGGACAUAUUAUUUAUGACAAAGGGAGUAGCCUUCCACGAGAAGUAAUGCUGAACUUAGUAAAUGAUAUAAUGGGACUAAACACAAACCUUUUUGAAAUUGGAAUUCGCAUGGAAGGAUUGGAAGAAAUGAUUGGAGGUUUGAAAGGCAAAAGGAAGAGGGAGAUAUUGUCCGGAAUUUUGGUGGAUGAGAAGCUGUACGAGAAUGUUCACCAAUCAAGUGAAUGCAAAACCCCAGACAUCACCAUUCCACGGCUAUCGCUCUACGUUCUCGCUCUUGGUCAGGAGUUAUAUUUUGACCACAAGGGGAUUAAAGAUCUUUCAAGUUUGCUGAGAAAACUUCAAGUCGGUCAGCAAGUUAUAUACAAUGAGACAGCUCAACAACAUUACUCGUCUUUGGUAGUCCCCACAAGUCUGGGGUUUCCACUGAGAAUUGCAGUCGAUAGAGCAGUUCGAUAUACCAUAAAUGCUACCACCAAGAUAAAUAUUCAACAGUCAAGUGCAUAUUUACAUAUAGAACCAAGUUAUUGCGAGCAUACAGUUGGCGAAGCGGGUGUUGAUGGUCACGUGAUCUACACUGCCGUGAAGUACAACAUAACAAAUGGAUUCAGGCGGUUUCCAGUGAAUAUUACAGCAAAUUUGGCUUCAAAGCGAUUCGAUGUCAGUGUUCAUGUGACUAAUACCUCCAAUAUGAAGUUUGAGAAAAGUUAUGCAUUUGCAUCAUAUGUGAGACGUAAUUCCACUGGAGAAGAGGUUACCAAAAUGGUCAAUCUAGGCAGGGGUAAAACAACAGAAUGCCAACCUAUAGACAAUCGUUUUCUCCCCAAUGGAAUGUGUUUUAGUAUAGAAACAAUGAAUGGCAAGUUCAAUUUACAAUAUUUCCUACCAAGUAAAGACAACCAAUUGCAAUUUCAGUUGCUUGGAGCAGAUGAUGGAAAAGUUGACUCAUUGCAAACAAAGCCAUUUUCUGCCAUAAUUCGGGAUGAUGAAGAUACAGAUUGUGUAAGUAUUGGGGCAACAGAAUGGAGUGAAUGCUACUCCGAGUUACCAUGUGGCAAGGGUAUACAGUACCGAACACAUCAGCUGUGGUGUGGUAACUCCAAGAAAGGCUGCCUAGAAGACACAUCAACAGAGGAAGGGCCCUGUGUUAGCUGUAGCUGUGCUAGCAAACUCGACUAUAUUGCGAAUCACAUUGAUGACAAAAAAUGCCAGAGCCUUGAUCAAUAUAUUACGUGUCCGUCGUCUUGUAGAGCGUCUGGUUACACUCAGCGCGAGAUAGCAUAUAAGUGUAUCCCUGACAGGAAAACCAACGGCAUGGGCAAUGAAUCUGCAGUGCGUACUUACAAGCUCACCCAAAUUCCGAUCAGCUGUGUUUGUCCUGGAAGAGACUGUGAAGACCUACGACUAUAGACCUACGAAUUAUGUCAGAACAGCGCACCGCCGACAGAAAAAGCGUGGCUGACUAUUAUUAAUUAAAUCGAACUAUCGUUCUCGUGUAAACUUUGAAAUAUGCGUUAUAAUGUUAUUGAAUUGAAUAAACCACAUUAUGCAUUAUUAUAUAUAUAUUA